UCGCGAAUAAUAUGAAAGGGAUCCGCAAAGGGGAAAGCCGAGCAAAGGAAUCCAAACCCCUGGAGCCUGGCACGAGAAGAUGCGCUAAAUGUGGCCGCCUAGACUUCACCCUAAUGAAGAAAAUGGGGAUUAAAAGUGGAUUUACGUUUUGGAACCUCGUCUUUUUAUUGACGGUGUCUUGUGUGAAAGGAUUUAUUUAUACAUGUGGUGGAACUUUAAAAGGACUUAAUGGAACUAUAGAAAGCCCUGGUUUUCCAUAUGGAUAUCCAAAUGGCGCAAACUGUACAUGGGUAAUAAUAGCAGAAGAACGAAAUAGAAUACAAAUUGUUUUUCAGUCAUUUGCUCUAGAAGAAGAAUACGACUACUUAUCCUUAUAUGAUGGCCAUCCUCAUCCUACAAACUUUAGGACAAGGUUAACAGGAUUCCAUCUGCCACCGCCAGUGACAAGUACCAAAUCUGUGUUCUCUCUACGUUUGACCAGUGACUUUGCAGUUAGUGCUCAUGGGUUUAAAGUAUAUUAUGAAGAAUUGCAAAGUAGUUCUUGUGGAAAUCCAGGAGUCCCACCCAAAGGUGUAUUAUAUGGUACAAGGUUCGACGUUGGGGACAAGAUACGCUAUAGCUGUGUAACUGGAUAUAUCCUCGAUGGCCACCCUCAACUCACCUGUAUAGCCAAUUCAGUUAAUACUGCCUCAUGGGAUUUUCCUGUUCCCAUCUGUAGAGCUGAAGAUGCAUGUGGAGGAACAAUGAGAGGAUCCAGUGGCAUCAUAUCAAGCCCUAGUUUUCCUAAUGAGUACCAUAACAAUGCUGAUUGCACUUGGACCAUUGUAGCAGAGCCUGGAGACACAAUUUCUCUCAUAUUUACUGAUUUCCAAAUGGAAGAAAAGUAUGAUUACUUAGAAAUAGAAGGUUCUGAGCCACCUACAAUAUGGUUAUCUGGAAUGAAUAUACCACCACCAAUUAUCAGCAACAAAAACUGGCUCAGACUGCAUUUUGUUACAGACAGCAAUCACCGAUAUCGUGGAUUUAGUGCUCCGUAUCAAGGUUCUUCUCCAUUGACCCACACUACCUCCACUGGUGAGUUAGAGGAGCAUAACAGGACUACCACUGGUGCUAUUGCUGUUGCUAGCACAUCUGCAGAUGUUACUGUAUCCAGUGUUACAGCUGUCACCAUCCAUAGACUUUCCGAGGAACAGCGAGUGCAAGUUACGAAUCUCAGAAAUUCAGGUCUGGACCCCAACACUUCCAAGGAUGGGCUCUCUCCUCAUCAAGCAGAUACACAAAGUACAAGGAGAAGACCAAGAAAUGCUGAACAGAUAGAAAGGACUAAAGAGCUUGCAGUUGUUACUCAUAGAGUGAAAAAGGCCAUAGAUUUUAAAUCUAGAGGAUUUAAAUUGUUUCCAGGGAAAGACAACAGCAACAAGUUUUCUAUCUUAAAUGAGGGAGGUAUUAAAACAGCUUCCAAUUUAUGUCCAGAUCCAGGUGAACCAGAAAAUGGGAAGAGAGUUGGAUCAGAUUUUAGCCUUGGAUCAACUGUGCAGUUUUCUUGUGAUGAAGAUUAUGUCCUACAGGGCGCUAAGAGCAUCACCUGUCAACGGAUAGCUGAAGUCUUUGCUGCUUGGAGUGAUCACAGACCUGUAUGUAAAGUGAAGACGUGUGGCUCUAAUCUUCAAGGACCAAGCGGAACCUUUACGUCUCCCAACUUUCCAUUCCAGUAUGACAGCAAUGCACAAUGCGUCUGGGUUGUCACUGCAGUGAAUACAAAUAAGGUUAUCCAGAUAAAUUUCGAAGAAUUUGAUCUGGAAAUUGGCUAUGAUACUUUGACAAUUGGUGAUGGGGGUGAAGUUGGAGACCCCAGGACCGUGCUCCAAGUGCUGACUGGAAGCUUUGUGCCAGACUUGAUAGUGAGUAUGAGCAGCCAAAUGUGGCUGCACCUUCAAACAGAUGAAAGUGUCGGAUCUGUUGGCUUCAAGGUUAACUACAAAGAAAUUGAAAAAGAAAGUUGUGGUGAUCCUGGUACACCUUUAUACGGAAUUAGAGAAGGAGAUGGAUUUUCUAAUCGUGAUGUUUUAAGAUUUGAAUGCCAGUUUGGGUUUGAAUUAAUUGGAGAGAAAUCCAUUGUUUGUCAAGAGAAUAACCAAUGGUCUGCAAACAUACCCAUCUGUAUCUUUCCUUGCCUUUCCAACUUUACUGCACCAAUGGGAACGGUCCUUUCUCCUGAUUACCCGGACGGGUAUGGAAAUAAUUUAAACUGCAUCUGGACAAUAAUCUCUGAUCCAGGCAGUCGGAUACACCUUUCUUUCAAUGACUUUGAUUUGGAAUCCCAGUUUGACUUCCUUGCUGUUAAAGAUGGUGACUCUCCAGACUCCCCAAUUCUUGGAACCUUUACUGGCGCCGAAGUGCCUUCCCAUCUUACUAGUAAUAGUCAUAUCCUACGAUUGGAGUUUCAAGCCGACCACUCGAUGUCAGGACGUGGUUUUAACAUCACUUAUAACACGUUUGGACAUAAUGAAUGUCCUGAUCCUGGAAUACCGAUCAAUGCACGGCGAUUUGGGGACAACUUUCAAUUAGGAAGUUCAAUUUCAGUUAUUUGUGAAGAAGGAUUUAUUAAAACCCAAGGAACAGAAACAAUUACAUGUAUUCUAAUGGAUGGAAAAGUGAUGUGGAGUGGACCAAUCCCAAAAUGUGGAGCUCCGUGUGGUGGCCAUUUUUCAGCUCCCAGUGGAUUGAUUCUCUCGCCAGGAUGGCCAGGAUACUAUAAAGACUCUUUGAAUUGUGAGUGGGUGAUUGAAGCUGAACCUGGACACUCUAUCAAAAUUACUUUUGAAAGAUUUCAGACUGAACUAAAUUACGAUGUUCUGGAAGUUCAUGAUGGGCCAAAUCUUCUGUCACCCUUGCUUGGAUCUUACAAUGGCACACAAGUGCCCCAGUUUCUAUUUAGUAGCAGCAAUUUUAUAUACCUUCUGUUUACAACAGACAACAGCCGUUCUAAUAAUGGUUUCAAGAUUCAUUAUGAAAGUGUUACAGUGAACACCUAUUCUUGCUUGGACCCUGGCAUACCUGUACAUGGCCGUCGCUAUGGUCAUGAUUUCUCCAUCGGAUCUACUGUUUCAUUUAGUUGUGAUCCAGGAUACAGGCUGAGCCAUGAAGAGCCCCUUCUAUGUGAAAAAAAUCACUGGUGGAGUCAUCCACUCCCAACCUGUGAUGCAUUAUGUGGAGGAGAUGUUAGAGGGCCUAGUGGAACAAUCUUAUCACCUGGUUACCCGGAAUUUUAUCCAAAUUCUCUGAAUUGUACAUGGACUGUUGAUGUAACCCAUGGAAAAGGUGUGCAGUUCAACUUUCAUACCUUUCAUUUGGAAGACCAUCAUGACUACCUGCUUAUCACAGAGAAUGGUAGUUUUACCCAACCCUUGGCACGCCUGACCGGUUCAGAACUUCCUUCAACAAUCAAUGCUGGUCUCUAUGGAAAUUUCAGGGCUCAGUUGCGCUUCAUUUCAGAUUUUUCAAUAUCAUAUGAAGGGUUCAAUAUUACAUUUGCUGAAUAUAACCUCGAACCUUGCGAAGAUCCAGGAAUUCCUCAAUAUGGUAACAGAAUUGGGUCCAGCUUUGGGGUUGGUGACACUCUGACCUUCUCAUGCUCAUCAGGUUAUCGACUGGAAGGGACAUCAGAGAUCAUCUGUCUUGGUGGUGGCCGGCGAGUGUGGAGUGCACCUCUGCCAAGGUGUGUGGCUGAAUGUGGUGCAUCUGCAACAAAUAAUGAAGGAAUUUUGCUCUCUCCAAAUUAUCCACUCAACUAUGAAAACAACCAUGAAUGCAUUUAUAGUAUUCAGGUUCAAGCAGGAAAGGGAAUCAAUAUUUCAGCCAGAACAUUUCAUUUAGCACAAGGAGAUGUUCUUAAGAUUUAUGAUGGAAAAGAUAAAACGACUCAUCUAUUAGGUGCUUUUACUGGCGCUUCUAUGCGAGGACUGACACUUAGUAGUACUUCAAAUCAGCUCUGGCUAGAAUUUAAUUCUGAUUCUGAAGGGACAGAUGAAGGCUUUCAACUUGUCUAUACCAGUUUUGAACUUUCACAUUGUGAGGAUCCUGGCAUUCCACAAUUUGGAUACAAGAUCAGUGACCAAGGCCACUUUGCUGGUAGCACUAUCAUUUAUGGAUGCAAUCCAGGCUAUACUCUCCAUGGAAGUAGCCUUCUUAAGUGCAUGACAGGGGAGAGAAGGGCAUGGGACUACCCUCUGCCUUCCUGUAUUGCUGAAUGUGGAGGUCGUUUUAAAGGAGAAUCAUCAGGAAGAAUCUUAUCUCCUGGUUAUCCCUUUCCUUAUGACAAUAAUCUCCGUUGCAUGUGGAUGAUUGAGGUAGAUCCAGGAAACAUUGUCAGCCUACAGUUUCUUGCUUUUGAUACGGAAGCAUCACAUGAUAUACUCCGAGUUUGGGAUGGUCCACCAGAAAAUGAGAUGCUGUUAAAGGAAAUUAGUGGAUCUCUUAUUCCUGAAGGGAUCCAUAGUACCCUUAACAUUGUAACCAUCCAGUUUGACACGGAUUUUUACAUCAGCAAAUCUGGAUUUGCAAUUCAGUUUUCAAGUUCUGUUGCCACUGCAUGCCGUGACCCAGGUGUUCCCAUGAAUGGAACUCGAAAUGGGGAUGGACGAGAACCUGGAGACACUGUUGUUUUUCAGUGUGAUCCAGGUUAUGAGCUUCAAGGAGAGGAAAGAAUAACCUGCAUUCAGGUAGAAAAUCGGUACUUCUGGCAGCCCAGCCCACCAGUCUGUAUAGCACCCUGUGGAGGCAAUUUAACAGGAUCAUCAGGCUUUAUUCUUUCGCCAAACUUCCCUCAUCCAUAUCCCCACAGCAGGGACUGUGAUUGGACCAUCACUGUCAACACAGACUAUGUUAUCUCCUUGGCAUUUAUCAGUUUUAGCAUAGAACCAAACUAUGACUUCCUCUAUAUAUAUGAUGGACCAGACAGUAAUAGCCCACUAAUUGGAAGUUUUCAAGACAGCAAGUUACCAGAGAGAAUAGAAAGCAGCUCAAAUUCUAUGCAUUUGGCUUUUCGGAGUGAUGGAUCUGUUAGUUACACUGGAUUUCAUUUAGAAUAUAAAGCAAAACUCAGAGAGUCCUGCUUCGAUCCAGGCAAUAUAAUGAAUGGCACCAGACUUGGAAUGGAUUAUAAAUUAGGGUCAACAGUCACCUAUUACUGUGAUGCUGGUUAUGUUCUUCAAGGCUACUCGACACUCACCUGUAUCAUGGGAGAUGAUGGAAGACCCGGAUGGAAUAGAGCGUUACCAAGUUGUCAUGCACCAUGUGGAAGUCGUUCAACUGGUUCUGAAGGCACUGUUCUAUCACCAAACUAUCCAAAAAAUUACAGUGUGGGACAUAAUUGUGUUUAUUCUAUAGCAGUUCCUAAGGAAUUUGUGGUGUUUGGCCAGUUUGUAUUUUUCCAGACAUCACUCCACGAUGUUGUUGAGGUGUAUGAUGGGCCAACUCAGCAAUCUUCUCUGUUAUCUUCCCUCUCAGGAUCCCAUUCAGGAGAAUCACUUCCACUGAGUUCAGGUAAUCAGAUCACAAUUCGAUUUACUUCAGUUGGACCAAUAACAGCUAAGGGAUUUCACUUUGUUUAUCAAGCUGUUCCUAGAACAAGUUCCACACAGUGCAGUUCUGUGCCUGAACCAAGAUUCGGAAGAAGAAUUGGCAAUGAAUUUGCAGUUGGUUCAUUGGUUCUGUUUGAAUGUAAUCCAGGAUAUAUUCUCCAUGGAUCUAUUGCAAUUAGGUGUGAUACGGUGCCCAAUUCUUUGGCCCAGUGGAAUGAUUCCUUACCUACCUGUAUUGUGCCCUGUGGUGGAACUUUAACCAAGCGUAAAGGGACAAUUUUGUCUCCUGGAUACCCUGAGCCUUAUGACAACAAUCUGAAUUGUGUAUGGAAGAUCACAGUGCCAGAGGGAGCUGGCAUUCAAGUGCAAGUUGUCAGCUUUGCUACUGAACAUAAUUGGGAUUCUCUAGACUUUUAUGAUGGAGGAGACAACAAUGCUCCACGACUUGGAAGUUAUUCAGGAACAACAAUACCCCAUCUUUUGAAUAGUACAUCUAACAAUUUAUAUCUAAAUUUUCAAUCAGACAUCAGUGUUUCUGCUGCAGGUUUUCACCUUGAAUACACAGCAAUUGGUUUGGAUUCCUGCCCUGAGCCACAAACUCCUAGCAGUGGAAUUAAAAUUGGAGACAGAUACAUGGUUGGUGAUGUGGUAUCUUUUCAGUGUGAUCAAGGCUAUUCUCUUCAGGGUCAUUCUCACAUCACAUGUAUGCCUGGACCUGUAAGAAGAUGGAAUUACCCAAUCCCAAUUUGUUUGGCUCAGUGUGGUGGUGCUAUGUCAGAUUUCAGUGGUGUGAUCCUCAGCCCUGGGUUUCCUGGAAACUACCCCAGCAGUUUAGAUUGCACAUGGACAAUAAAGCUGCCCAUAGGUUUUGGUGUACAUCUCCAGUUUGUAAAUUUUUCAACAGAAACCAUACAUGAUUAUUUGGAAGUAAGAAGUGGAUCCUCAGAAACUAGUACUGUUAUUGGCCGACUUAGUGGUCCUCAAAUACCAUCUUCAUUAUUUAGCACAACCCAUGAAACCAGCCUAUAUUUUCACAGUGACUAUUCACAAAACAAACAAGGGUUCCACAUUGUGUACCAAGCCUAUCAGUUGCAAAGCUGUCCUGAUCCACGCCCAUUUCGAAACGGCUUUGUGAUCGGCAGUGACUUUACUGUGGGCCAGACGGUUUCAUUUGAAUGUUUUCCUGGAUACACACUGAUUGGAAAUCCAGCUCUCACUUGCCUUCAUGGACUGAGUCGUAAUUGGAAUCAUCCACUUCCAAGGUGUGAAGCUCUUUGUGGAGGGAAUAUAACUGCAAUGAAUGGCACCAUUUACUCUCCUGGGUAUCCUGAUGAAUAUCCCAACUUUCAAGACUGUUUAUGGCUUGUAAGAGUACCGCCUGGGAAUGGAAUCUACAUCAAUUUUACUGUCCUUCAAACAGAACCAAUUUAUGAUUUCAUUACUGUAUGGGAUGGGCCAGAUCAAAACUCGCCUCAGAUCGGGCAGUUCAGUGGCAAUACUGCUCUGGAAUCAGUCUACAGCACUUCAAAUCAGAUUCUAAUCAAAUUCCACAGUGAUUUCACAACAAGUGGCUUUUUUGUGCUCAGUUAUCAUGCCUAUCAACUGAGAGUGUGUCAACCUCCACCACCUGUACCCAAUGCUGAAAUUUUGACAGAAGAUGAUGAAUUUGAAAUAGGUGAUAUUAUCAGGUACCAGUGUCUUCCAGGAUUUACUUUGGUUGGUAAUGCAAUUCUGACAUGUAGGUUAGGAGAACGACUCCAGAUGGAUGGAGCACCUCCAGUUUGUCAAGUGCUGUGUCCUGCCAAUGAAUUACGGCUAGAUUCCACGGGAGUCAUAUUGAGCCCUGGAUAUCCUGACAGUUACCCAAAUCUUCAAAUGUGUGCCUGGAGCAUUUCAGUAGAAAAGGGAUAUAAUAUCAGCAUGUUUGUAGAAUUCUUCCAGACAGAAAAGGAAUUUGAUGUUCUUCAGGUGUAUGAUGGACCAAAUAUUCAAAGUCCAGUGCUUAUUUCCCUCAGUGGAGAUUAUUCAUCUGCUUUUAAUAUAACAAGUAAUGGUCAUGAAGUUUUUCUUCAGUGGUCAGCAGAUCAUGGCAAUAACAAAAAAGGCUUCCGGAUAAGAUAUAUAGCUUUUUACUGUAGUACCCCAGAAUCCCCACCUCAUGGAUACAUUAUCAGUCAGACAGGUGGACAGCUUAAUAGCGUGGUCCGCUGGGCCUGUGAUCGAGGAUUUCGACUUGUUGGUAAAAGCAGUGCUGUGUGCAGAAAAUCUUCCUAUGGGUACCAUGCGUGGGAUGCACCGGUCCCUGCUUGUCAAGCAAUUUCCUGUGGGAUACCUAAAGCUCCAACAAAUGGAGGAAUACUUACAACAGACUACUUAGUAGGAACCCGAGUUACCUAUUUUUGUCAUGAUGGAUAUAGAUUGUCAUCUAAGGAACUGACCACUGCCGUGUGCCAAUCCGAUGGAACUUGGAGCAAUCAUAACAAGACUCCUCGCUGUGUUGUCGUUACAUGCCCAAGCAUCAAUUCCUUUACCUUGGAACAUGGAAGAUGGCGAAUUGUGAAUGGCUCCCAUUAUGAAUACAAAACCAAAGUAGUUUUCAGCUGUGACCCUGGUUAUCAUGGGCUAGGUCCUGCUUCUAUUGAAUGUCUUCCUAAUGGUACCUGGAGUUGGAGAAAUGAAAGGCCAUAUUGCCAAAUUAUUUCCUGUGGAGAACUACCUACACCUCCAAAUGGAAAUAAGAUUGGAACUCAGACUUCAUAUGGCUCCACAGCCAUAUUUACGUGCGAUUCAGGAUUCAUGCUUGUGGGCUCUGCUGUACGAGAAUGCCUUUCUUCAGGUCUGUGGAGUGGAUCUGAAACCAGAUGCCUAGCGGGUCACUGUGGAAUUCCAGAACUAAUUGUGAAUGGUCAAGUCAUUGGAGAAAAUUAUGGUUAUAGAGACACAGUUGUUUAUCAGUGUAAUCCUGGUUUUCGAUUGAUUGGUUCCUCAGUGAGAAUAUGUCAACAGGAUCACAAUUGGUCUGGUCAACUCCCAUCCUGUGUGCCUGUCAGCUGUGGUCAUCCCGGUAGUCCAAUUUAUGGAAGAACAAGUGGAAACGGAUUUAACUUUAAUGAUGUGGUAACAUUCUUUUGCAAUAUUGGGUAUCUUAUGCAAGGUCCAACAAAGGCACAGUGCCAGGCCAACAGACAGUGGAGCCAUCCUCCACCAGUGUGCAAAGUGGUAAACUGUUCUGAUCCUGGAAUUCCAGCCAAUUCCAAAAGAGAAAGUAAAAUAGAACAUGGAAACUUCACUUAUGGUACUGUAGUAUUCUAUGACUGCAAUCCUGGAUAUUUCUUAUUUGGGUCUUCAGUUUUGAUAUGUCAGCCCAAUGGACAGUGGGACAAACCUUUACCAGAAUGUAUCAUGAUUGACUGUGGACACCCUGGCGUUCCUCCUAAUGCAGUCCUGUCUGGUGAGAAGUAUACCUUCGGGUCCACUGUUCACUAUUCCUGCACAGGAAAACGCAUCCUUCUAGGCCACUCAUCAAGGACUUGCCAAUUAAAUGGCCAUUGGAGUGGAUCCCAACCUCAUUGUUCAGGUGAUGCUACUGGUACAUGUGGGGACCCAGGUACCCCUGGUCACGGUUCUAGACAGGAAAGUGAUUUCAGAACCCAAAGUUCUGUACGUUUUGCUUGUGAUACUGGUUAUAUCCUUCAUGGCUCAGAAGAAAGAACAUGUUUAGCUAAUGGCAGUUGGACUGGAAGGCAGCCAGAAUGCAAAGCUGUACAAUGUGGUAACCCAGGAACAACAGCCAAUGGAAAAGUCUUUCGGAUUGAUGGCACAACAUUUUCAAGUUCAAUAAUUUAUUCCUGCAUGGAAGGGUAUAUCCUCUCUGGCCCUUCAGUUAGACAGUGCACAGCCAAUGGAACGUGGUCUGGAACUUUGCCUAACUGUACAAUAAUCAGUUGUGGAGACCCAGGUAUACCAGCCAACGGACUGAGAUAUGGAGAUGAUUACGUGGUUGGACAAAAUGUUUCCUACAUGUGCCAGCCAGGCUAUACAAUGGAAUUGAAUGGUUCCAGAAUCAGGACUUGUACAACUAAUGGCACAUGGAGUGGAGUAAUGCCAACUUGUAGAGCUGUUACCUGCCCAACUCCUCCCCAGAUCUCUAAUGGAAGGUUGGAAGGAACAAAUUUCGACUGGGGCUUUAGUAUUAGCUACAUCUGUUCUCCAGGCUAUGAACUAUCCUUUCCUGCUGUUUCAAAGUUUUGCGGUGACCCUGGUACACCUGCCCAAGGAAAAAGAGAAGGCAAAAGCUUUAUAUACCAGUCAGAGGUUUCAUUCAGUUGCAAUUCUCCUUUCAUAUUAGUGGGAUCAAGCACCAGAAUCUGUCAAGCAGAUGGCACUUGGAGUGGUUCGUCACCUCACUGCAUAGAACCCACUCGUACCUCAUGUGAAAACCCAGGAGUGCCACGGCAUGGAUCUCAGAACAAUACAUUCGGAUUUCAAGUAGGAAGUGUUGUGCAGUUUCAUUGCAAAAAAGGACACCUUCUCCAGGGGUCUACAACACGCACUUGCCUUCCUGACCUCAUGUGGAGUGGAAUUCAGCCUGAGUGCAUACCCCACAGCUGCAAACAGCCAGAAACUCCUGCUCAUGCAAAUGUAGUAGGAAUGGACCUUCCAUCCCAUGGGUAUACACUAAUUUAUACCUGCCAGCCUGGCUUCUUCUUAGCAGGUGGAACAGAACAUAGAAUGUGUAGAUCUGAUAACACCUGGACUGGAAAAGUUCCUGUUUGCGAAGCUGGUUCCAAAAUAUUGGUGAAAGAUCCUAGACCUGCACUAGGAACACCCAGCCCAAAGCUAAGUGUUCCUGAUGAUGUGUUUGCCCAAAAUUAUAUAUGGAAAGGCUCAUAUAAUUUCAAGGGAAGGAAACAACCCAUGACCUUGACAAUUACUAGUUUCAACGCUUCCACUGGGAGAGUCAAUGCAACACUCAGCAAUAGCAACAUGGAACUGCUACUUUCAGGGGUAUAUAAAAGCCAGGAAGCUCGCCUAAUGUUACACAUCUAUCUUAUUAAAGUACCAGCCCAUGCUUCUGCAAAGAAAAUGAAGGAGGAAAAUUGGGCUAUGGAUGGCUUUGUUUCUGCUGAGCCUGAUGGAGCUACUUAUGUGUUUCAAGGAUUUAUUCAGGGCAAAGAUUACGGGCAAUUUGGACUACAAAGACUGGGACUGAAUAUGUCAGAAGGUUUAAACUCUUCAAAUCAACCUCAUGGUACAAAUAGUAGUUCUGUGGCCAUUGCUAUUCUUGUGCCUUUUUUUGCACUUAUAUUUGCAGGAUUUGGAUUUUAUCUUUAUAAACAAAGGACAGCACCCAAAACACAGUAUACAGGAUGUUCAGUUCAUGAAAAUAACAAUGGCCAAGCAGCUUUUGAGAAUCCCAUGUACGACACCAAUGCGAAGUCAGUGGAAGGGAAGGCAGUACGAUUUGAUCCUAACUUGAACACUGUCUGCACAAUGGUAUAA